AUGACCCCUGUCCAGGUGCUGACGUGUCAGCACGCGCUCCCGGCCGUGCUGCGAGGCAGGAUGCUGCUCACCUUCCUGGUGUUCCUCGGGGCACCAGCAACAGCCCGAAAGGAACUGAACUUGGAGCAGCUCCCACCAGCCCCCCGAGCUGGGGAUGGAGGUAACCUGACCAGCCAGGAAACCACCGGCACUAACAAGAUGCUGCCAGCUCUCCCCAAAAUGAGGAGGGGCGACUUUGGCUCUGGGGAAGGAUCUCAUCCAGACAAAGCCAGCCCGCUGCUGCCAGAGGGGUCAGCAAGGAAAGCACUGCCCUGGCCAACGAGCCCAGCCACGAAGAGACCUGCUCCCAGGAAAAAGGGGAGGAAGGUGUCCCUGUCACUUGAUGUCCACACACACUUACUGGAGAUCCUGCUCGACCUGGCCAGAGAAAAAGAGCAGCAGGACAAGGCGGCUGCCAAUGCCGAGCUGAUGGCCCAGCUCGGGCGCAGGAGAUGA